AUGCCUGAGAUGCACUUCAAGACCCCCAAGAUCUCCAUGCCUGACUUUGAUCUCAACCUCAAAGGGCCCAAGGUCAAGGGAGAUGUGGAUGUGAACCUGCCCAAGGUGGAAGGAGACCUGAAGGGACCUGAGAUCGACAUCAAAGGCCCCAAAGUCAACGUUGACCUCCCUGACGUUGAGCUGGAAGGGCCUGAGGGGAAGAUCAAAGGGCCCAAGUUCAAGAUGCCUGAGAUGAACAUCAAAGCCCCCAAGUUCUCCAUGCCUGACGUGGAUUUCCACCUGAAGGGCCCCAAGGUCAAGGGAGACGUCGAUGUGUCCGUUCCUAAGCUCGAGGGUGACCUGAAGGGCCCUGAAUUUGACCUCAAGGGCCCCAAGGUGGACAUUGAGGCCCCUGACGUGGACAUCCACGGCCCAGAGGGCAAGAUCAAGAUGCCCAAAUUCAAAAUGCCCAAGUUUGGGGUCUCAGGCUUCAAGGGGGAGGGACCUGAGGUGGAUGUGACCCUGCCCAAAGGAGACCUCGACGUGUCUGGGCCCAGGGUGGACAUUGAAGGGCCAGAGGUGGACAUUGACCUCCCGGAGGGGAAGGUGAAGGGCCCCAAGUUCAAGAUGCCUGAGAUGCACUUCAAGACCCCCAAGAUCUCCAUGCCUGACUUUGAUCUCAACCUCAAAGGGCCCAAGGUCAAGGGAGAUGUGGAUGUGAACCUGCCCAAGGUGGAAGGUGACCUGAAGGGACCAGAAGUCUCCCUAAAAGGCCCCAAAGUGGACAUAGAAGCUCCAGAUGUCGAGCUGGAGUGUCCAGAAGGGAAGAUCAAAGGGCCCAAGUUCAAGAUGCCUGAGAUGCACAUCAAAGCCCCCAAGAUCUCCAUGCCUGACUUCAAGAUGCCCAAGUUUGGUGUCCCUGGAGUGAAGGCAGAAGGUCCAGAGGUGGAUAUGAACCUGCCAUCCGCAGAUCUGGAUCUUUCAGGGCCCAGAGUGGACAUUGAAGGGCCAGAGGUGGACAUUGACCUCCCGGAGGGGAAGGUGAAGGGCCCCAAGUUCAAGAUGCCUGAGAUGCACUUCAAGACCCCCAAGAUCUCCAUGCCUGACUUUGAUCUCAACCUCAAAGGGCCCAAGGUCAAGGGAGAUGUGGAUGUGAACCUGCCCAAGGUGGAAGGAGACCUGAAGGGACCUGAGAUCGACAUCAAGGGCCCCAAAGUCGAUGUUGACCUUCCUGACGUUGAGUUGGAGUGUCCUGAGGGAAAACUCAAAGGGCCCAAGUUCAAGAUGCCUGAGAUGAACAUCAAAGCCCCCAAGUUCUCCAUGCCUGACGUGGAUUUCCACCUGAAGGGCCCCAAGGUCAAGGGAGACGUCGAUGUGAACCUGCCCAAGGUGGAAGGAGACCUGCAGGGCCCCAACGUUGACCUCAAGGGCCCCAAACUCGACGUUGACCUCCCUGAUGUUGAGCUGGAA